AUGUACCUGGUGAAGGACAUUAGCGGCGCCAUCGGGCUGAUGGCGGUGGCGCUGGUUCUCCUUGGCACCUGGCCGGUUGUCCUGGCGGUGCUGGAGCGGCGGGGCCGGCUGCCGCAGCACACGUUCCUUGACUUCUCCGUCACCAACUUCCUGGCCGCCGUGCUCGUCGCGCUCACCUUCGGACAGAUCGGCCCCGACACGCCGGAGACGCCCAACUUCCUCACCCAGCUCGCUCAGGUUCAGAACAACUGGCCUUCGGUCCUGUUUGCGAUGGCGGGCGGCGUCACCCUCAGCCUGGGGACACUGGCCACGCAGUACGGCUGGGCGUUCGUCGGGCUCUCCGUCACUGAAGUCAUGGCCUCAAGCCUCAAGGUCGUCAUAGGGACAACGCUCAACUAUUUCCUCGACGGCCGGAUCAACAAGGCGGAGAUCCUCUUUCCUGGUGUCGGUUGCUUCCUCAUUGCGGCCAUCCUUGGGUCACUUGUCCACGCUUCCAAUGCCGCCGAUAACCAGGAAAAGCUGGCUAACUCCUUGGCGAACUACAGCAAAAACACAAGGAACACUGCAGAUGAGGAUCUCACCAAACACCUCCUUGACAAAGAGAUACCAAAGGAUCCAGAAGAAGCAAAGCCGGAUGCAGCAGAGGCUACUCAGGCCCUGGAGAAAGUAGAGGCAGGAACGGCAGAGUUCCUGGUGCUGGGAUCCCACACGCUGCUGGGCCUCGGGAUCGUGGUGUUCGCGGGCGUCUUCUACGCGCUGUUCGCGCCGGCGUUCAACCUGGCGACCAACGACCAGUGGCACGCGCUCCCCGCGGGCGGCGGCGUGCCGCACCUGGUGGUGUACACGGCCUACUUCUACUUCUCCCUGGCCUGCCUCGCCGUCAGCGCGGCGCUCAACGUGUGGCUCCUCUACCGUCCCAUCAUGGCCGGUGUGCCGAGCUCCACCGUGGCCGCCUACCUCCGGGACGGCGGCGAGGGCAGGGCGCUCGCGAUGCUGGCGGGGAUGGUGUGCGGGCUCGGGAACGCCUUCACGUUCAUGGCGGGGCAGGCGGCGGGGUACGCCGCCGCCGACUCCGUGCAGGCGCUGCCGCUGGUCAGCACCUUCUGGGGCGUCGUGCUCUUCGGCGAGUACCGGCGGUCGUCGCGGCGGACCUACACGUUGCUGGCCAGCAUGCUGCUCAUGUUCACCGUCGCCAUGGUCCUCCUCAUGGCUUCCUCCAACCACAGGAAGCCGCUCUGA